GAACGCUUCCCGCCCAACGAGAGAAAAGGCGAACCGGCACGACCGGUCGGUCUGCUCUUAUAUAUGAUGGCUUGCGCCGUUGUCAAUAUCUGGGGAAACGUGGACAAGUCACCAACGGCAUUCAACUUUGUCACAUCAGACUUUGGCUCUUUCUGUCUUUUCUCUUCACUUUCUGGCUCUUCAGAGAAGCAUAGCCAUAGCGGCUUCGUUCACCAUGGCUUCAAAUGGGCUUAUGAAAGCCAUCUAUGUGGCUUUGCUCUUGCUUUAUAUCGACGCAGCUAUCUCAUUAGCGCUUGUCUCGUCAAUGGUGGCGUUCCUUCAUGGACGAGGCGGCCAGCCAUUCCGUGUCCAAGAUUUUGAACAUGGCGGUCCGAUAUUCAACCUUCAUGGAGAGCCUGCAAACCUCUUGACGGACCACGGCCAUACGACAAAUGGUGCAGGAGGUACAGGCGUGGUUCUUGUUGGUUUCGGCGGCCUCCUGGCUUUGUGGUUGGAGCAUAGGUCCAGGGCAAAGUAUGGCAAAUCAUCGCCAUUCUACUAUCUAUGGGCCCUCAUUACGAUUCUCAGCUGGCUUCUUACUCUCACGGCUCUCAUCUACACCUUUGUCCUGACCAACAUGCAUUCGGACCAAAGCAUCGACAUUGGCCUGGCGUCACGCACUACUCCAAGUCCGUACCCACGGGAUUCUUGGACACCGGAAAACUGGUACACGGAGGUCAACAAGCUACACUUUACCAAUUCGGCAGAUCACGACAUACUGAAUCGGAAGCUGAGGUCCAUUCGCGGAUGGCGCUACAACCUCAUUCCCUUCAUGAUCCUCGGUUUCGUUCUCAUGCUUCUCGUCAUCUUGGAGUUGUUGAGUUUCAGGAGGUCGAGGGGAAGGAAGGCAGACCAGCCCUUUGGACAACCUUAUGGAGCGGCUGUCUCUAAGCAUGAGUCUGCUCACUUGGUAGCAUGAUGCAGAUUUCAAGUUGAGGACAUAAGAGUUUUGCGAUUGUGGUCACUUGAGCGGUACAGUCGAGAUGUUAUAACCUAUGUCAAAUUCAUUAGCAAACAACGGGCUUCAACUAGAC